AUGCUCGGCUUCCUGGCGACCGAAGGCAUCGAAGAGUAUGCUAUGCAGGCUGCCGACUUCAAGCCUACCAAGCUGUCGCUGGACUCGCUCACGGACACGGGCGUGCGCAUACAAGUGGAGGGCGACUUCACCAUGGAUGCGUCCAGAGUGGAGAAGAAGAGCGUACGCGACCUCGGCCGCUUUGGCACCUGGAUCGCCAGAGAGGUCGAGACGGGUGCGACUGAGGUCGAUGUCUUCCUGCCCGAGUACGACAUGGUUCGCGUCGGCACCGCCAAGAUCCCUGGCAUCAAGGUGAACAUUCGCAAUGGCCACACGACGCACGUGUCCUUCUUCGCCCAUCUCGAGCCGGGCAGGUUUGACAAUCUUCGCAAUGUUGCCAACGACUGGAUGGACGGGCGGCUGGGCCAGAUCCGCCUCAAGGGCAAGGCAGACGUUCCUCUGAGAUCCGGUCUCAUCCGCCUAGGCUCACAGACCAUCUCAGAGUCCUUUACCUUCCAAGGAGACAAGCUUCCUUCGGUCCCUCGGUACAAUAUCACAAAGCUCAAUCUUCGAGAACAGCGACCAGGCCGCAAAGGCAUGGGUGCCGACGUUUCCAUUAUGGUGACCAACGACUUCCCUGUGCAGCUUACCAUUCCCCCCGUUGCUGUGGAUGUGCUCGUCGACGGCUGCCUUGAAUCGGAUGACCACAUCAUGGUUGGCACCGCCGAGACUGCACAGCUUCAAGUCGAACCGAAGCAUGAUGUUGAGGUCAACGUCACUGGUCGUGUGGACACACUAUCACAGGCUCUUACCGAAACCUGCCCAGGCUCGUCCAAAUCGCCGCUUGAUGCCCUCCUUGGAGACUAUAUGCAUGGUCAAGAUGCCAAACUCUACGUCAGCUGCUGCAACUUCCCCGAUCCAGAGACCCCUGCAUGGGCACAUGAUCUUCUCAAAGAUAUAACCGUUCCUGUUCCUCUGCCUAGCCACGAGAUGGGAAAAUUGAUCAAAAACUUCUCCCUAGCCGAUGUGCACUUCCACCUUCCGGAUCCCUUCGCUGAGCCAGGCACUCCUGAGGCCGCCCCUAAGAUCUCUGCCGUAGUGAAGGUCGACAUCAAUAUUCCCAACGAGAUGAACUUUCCCUUGGACGUGAACCGUGUCAAGGCCGAUGCAGAUAUCUUCUACCACGGCAAACUUCUCGGAACACUUGAUCUGAAGAAAUGGCAAGACGCCAACUCCACCCGGAUCGAUGCCCACGGAAGCGAUGGUCCAUCUCUGUUGGUACAAUCCGACAUCCAGAAAGCACCCAUCAAUAUCAAGGACGACAAUCUGUUCAGCGAAGUCGUCCAAGAGCUCAUCUUCGGCAGCAAGGGCAUCAUGAUGAAGGUCAAGGCAGCAGUCAGCGUCAAGGUGGACACCCCCAUUGGCGGAUUUGCAGUGCGGGAGAUCCCCGCGGAAGGGGUCGUCCCGGUCAAACCGAUUGGACGCGGAAGCGGCAACGGCAGCGGAGGAGCGCACAAUAUCAGCUCCCUGGCUCUCAAGAUCGGGAAUCUCUCCAUCAUCGACACCUCACGAUCAUCCAUCACUCUCACAGCCAAUGUUAACAUCACGAACCCGACGAACUACUCGGCCACCGUGCCGUACUUCAACAUUAACCUCCUAGUCAACAAAACGGUGGUGGGCCAGGUUACAGCAAAAAACAUCGAAGUUCACCCUGGGAACAACACGAACCUCCUUGUAACAGCCAUCUGGGACCCCUACUCGCACAGCGGCGCGAAAGGCAAGGAAAUUGGAAGACAGCUCCUCUCGCAGUACAUCUCCGGCUACAACGUCUCCCUCACCCUACAAGCCCACAACGGCUCCAUCCCCUCGCAGCCCGCCCUCGGCGCCGUCCUCUCCCAAUUCCCCAUCACCCUCCCCGCCCCGCACCUCUCUACCCCCAAAGAUCCAGAUGCAAUGCCGCCGGACGAAGGCGAUCCCCCCGACGACGGCAAAACCCACUUCAUCCGCUCCGCGACCAUGCACCUCCUCACCUCCACCGCGCUCUUCACCCUCGCCUCGCCCUUCUCCUCCACCACCAUGUACAUCACCACGCUCAACGCGACCGCAUUCUACGAAGGCCACCCCUCAGGCAAGAUCCUGUACGAGCUGCCAUUUGCGGUGCCUCCGGGGCUCAGCGAAUCGCCGCGGCUGCCGGUGGACUGGAGCAUCGGGAGCGUCGGGUACGAUGCGAUUCGCAAGGCGUUGGGGGGCACGCUGAGGUUGAGUGCGUUUGCGGAGGUGGGGAUUCGGAUUGGGGCGUGGAAGGAGAAUGUGUGGUACAAGGGGGGGAGUAUUGGGGCGAGCGUGAGGUUAUAA